AUGGCUACCGUGGACUUUUUAUCCAAGGCGCUAGAAAUUGUGCGCAAGGCGAUCGAGGCCGACAACGCAAGCAAGUACGAGGAGGCACACGAAUUGUAUGUCAACGGACUGGACUACUUCAUCAAGGCAAUCAAGUACGAGAAGAACCCCAAGUCCAAGGAGCUGCUGCGACAGCGAAUCACAGAGUAUUUUUCUCGGGCAGAGCAGCUGAAGGAACAUCUCGACAAGCAAAAAAGCAAGCCUGCAGCCCAAGCGGCAAAACAGGGAGGAGGAGCCAACGGCGGGGCCGGAUCUGGAGACGACGACAAUGAUACCAAGAAGCUGCGAGGAGCUUUGGCUGGAGCCAUCCUUAAUGAAAAGCCCAACGUUAAAUGGGAAGAUAUUGCUGGUCUGGAGGCAGCCAAGCAAGCUCUAAAGGAGGCAGUCAUCUUGCCCGUCAAAUUCCCUUAUCUCUUCACUGGCAAGCGAAAGCCCUUGUCUGGUAUUCUGCUGUAUGGACCCCCCGGUACCGGAAAGUCGUACCUGGCCAAGGCAGUGGCGACCGAAGCCAACUCCACCUUCUUUUCCGUUUCAUCCUCCGACCUUGUGUCCAAGUGGAUGGGUGAAUCUGAACGACUGGUGAAGCAAUUGUUUGCCAUGGCCCGAGAGAACAAGCCCAGUAUCAUUUUCAUCGAUGAGGUCGACGCUCUGUGUGGACCUCGAGGAGAGGGAGAGAGUGAGGCGUCACGACGAAUCAAAACAGAGCUGCUGGUCCAGAUGAAUGGAGUGGGUAACGACGCUAGUGGCGUUCUCGUUCUGGGUGCCACCAACAUUCCCUGGCAGCUGGAUGCCGCUAUUCGACGACGUUUUGAGCGACGAAUCUAUAUUGCCCUACCCGAUGCCGAGGCCAGAGCCCGUAUGUUUGAGAUAAACGUCGGGAACACCCCUUGUGCACUGACUCAGAAGGAUUUCCGAACUCUGGCUGAGAUGACCGACGGAUACUCGGGUCAUGAUGUGGCAGUGUCUGUCCGAGACGCCCUGAUGCAACCAAUCCGAAAAAUCCAGGAAGCAACGCAUUUCAAACCUGUGGAGAUCGACGGCGUGACUAAGUAUACCCCCUGUUCUCCUGGAGACCCCCAGGCAACCGAGCUCAACUGGAUGGAACUGGAGGACGGAACAGUUCUGGAGCCCGAGCUGACUCUCAAGGACUUCAUCAAGGCUGUAAAGUCCACUCGACCAACCGUCAACAACGACGACAUUACUCGUCAUGAAGACUUCACCAACGAUUUUGGCCAGGAGGGUAAUUAG